AUGACGUUUUGCAGCCACACAUUGGUGAGGGGUAAACUUAUUCGCUCUGUUAUUUGCAGCUAUCGAGCCAACACAUACUGCUCUAAGUCGGAUGUGGACAUGUUCUGCAGGGAGGUCUCCAUCCUGUGUCGCCUCAACCACCCCUGUAUCAUCCAGUUUAUGGGGGCGUGUCUGGAUGACCCCAGCCAGUUUGCCAUCGUAACCCAGUAUGUUUCUGGAGGCUCUCUGUUCUCGCUGCUGCACGAGCAGAAGAGGCUCAUCGACCUGCAGUCCAAGCUCAUCAUCGCCAUCGACGUUGCCAAGGGCAUGGAGUACCUGCACAACCUCACCCAGCCGAUCAUCCACAGGGACCUCAACAGCCACAACAUUCUGCUGUAUGAGGACGGACACGCGGUGGUUGCUGAUUUUGGGG